GAUCAAUGCAUUCAUAACUGGGAAUUUAGGUACCUGAUUUCAUCGAUUUCUUAAAAAUGGUGAGGAUUUAUUUUCCCAGACCAAAUGUGCUUCAAAAAGGGAAUGCAAUGUAUUUUUUGUAUUCAAUUAUAUUUUUUAAUUUAUUAUAGAAAGAAAGACUUAAAAGCUUCAUAUUCAAGAUAACAAAACAGAUUGAUUACUAGUUCAAUCAACUUAGUGCAUGUUUAGUUUUCAGGUGAAAAAGUACUUUUAGGCAAAUGUAAUUUUGCCAAAGGAUGAAAAUCCUUAGUUUUGCUUUCAUUUUAUUUUUAUUCGUUGGAUUUGCAUUGGAACGCAUGCACAACAUUUCUAACUUCAAUCCAAACAUCCACAUUUUAUAGAACAAAAUUCCGGUUUGGAGUUGCAGUGAAUGAUUGACUUGCAAUGACACAAUAAAUGAGAGCAUGCAUAAUUUUUUCCCAAUCUCAAUUCUCUUUAUGCUGACUAAUCACAUAUUCUGAUGCAUCUAAAAUUUCUUACAAAAAUUUCUACCGUGCUCUUCUUUCCUUCUACUAUAAAAUGUUUCCCUUGGAUUUAGGUCACCUAACAUUUGAGUAUUAGCAUUUGACACUACAUUUGUGCUUUCCUUCUUCAUUUUUGUCAUCUAGGCUUUCUAUUAUUAAUAAGGGUAAUUGCUGUAACAUUCUGUGUCACACUGGAAGCAUCAUUUGCUGCAUUUCAAGUCUGUCUGCAGAUUUGGUUAGCAGUGUCCCUUCUUGCUGAUGGCCUAGCUGUUGCAGGGUAGGUUAGAAUGCUAGAUAUAUUCAUAUUGUCCAGAAAUAGUCCUGCUGUGUUGAUUCAUUUAGGUUUCAUAUCAAAGCAUUGCAUAAAGCAUCAAUAAUCUCUAUAUGGAUUCUGUAUGCUUGUAUGACAAAAGUUUUGUUUAACUUCAUCUAUUGAUUGAUUUUGAGAACCUCCCACUCUUUAGGAAUAAAAGAAAGGCAACUUUACAUCUCCAUUCACUUCUAAUUAUUCAUAACUUCUAUGAUAAUAUCAUGCUUGUUUCAGGCAAUUCUUGCAGGUGCAUUUGCUAACAAGGACUAUGAAAAAGGCCAAAGCAACUGCAUCCUGAGUAUGAUUAGUAGUAAUUUAACAAUCAAUUAUACAGCAGAUGAGUUUGAUUCUGGGGUUGGCUCUUGCAUUCCUUCUUGGAACAGGACUACAUUUUGGAGCUAAGCUAUUUACCAAAGAUGUUAAUGUCCUUCACCUCAUUAGAAUUGAGAUCCCGUUUGUAGCAGCUACUCAAUCCCUCAACUCUUUGGCAUUUGUAUUUGAUGGUAUCAACUUUGGGGCAUCUGAUUUUGCAUAUUCAGCCAUUUCUUUGGAUGCGGUGGCAAUUGUCAGCAUUAUUUGUCUACUUAUUUUAUCAUCUGCUAGCGGUUUCAUAGGAACUUGGAUUGCUAUGACCAUCUAUAUGGAUCUUAGAGCAAUUGUUGGCUUUUUGAGGAUUGGAACUAGAUCAGGACCGUGGGAGCUGCUUAAUUACUAAUUAGGAGCUGACAGUGAGAACUGACUUUGAUAUUUGUUUGGCCCCAUCUCCAGUGGCGUCUACUACUCCAUUGUGACAGGUGGAUUGGUAGAAAUGCUAUACUAGUGCUACAUAAUAUAUACAGAAAAUAAAAGGGGAAAAAAAACUACAAUUGUGCUUUGACAUGCACAAAAGAAAUGGAAUAUGGGAUCGAUACUACGUUUGUAACUGUGCAUAAAAAAUAUCAUUUAAAAAAUUGACAGCAUGAAAAUGAAAGUUGGUGAUCCAACAUGAAAAACGAAAGGUUCCAUGUUUUCUGUAUUAAGCAGCGUUUAAGUUCCUAAGAUUGUGAGUAAUUAAUAAAUGUAAUUAAUAUU